AUGGCAGGGGUCUGGAAGGUACUAGUGGUGCUGGUGGGCUUGGCAGUGGUGGCUUGUGCCAUCCCCCGUCGCCGUCUGAGAUAUGAGGAGGUUGUGGCCCAGGCCUUGCAGUUCUACAACGAGGGCCAACAGGGCCAGCCCCUCUUCCGCCUGCUGGAAGCCACCCCACCACCUAGUCUGAACUUCAAAUCCAGGAUCCCACUCAACUUCAGGAUUAAAGAGACGGUGUGCAUUUCCACCCCGGACAGACAGCCUGGAAACUGUGCCUUCAGAGAGGGCGGGGAGGAGCGAAUCUGCAGGGGCGCAUUCGUCAGGCGCCGGAGGGUGCACGCUCUGACCCUCCACUGUGACAGGGACCAAAGGCGUCAGCCAGAGGUUCCUAGGGUCACUAGUCCAGCAGGGCCCACAGCCUGAGGCAGCCGCCUUGAAGGCUCAGAGCACCAAGCUGCCGCCUGUGGUCCGGGACCUGUCUGAGAACGCCAAGUACAACAUCAUCAGCAACAUCCUGAGAAACUUCUAGCGCUGGGCAACGGAGCGGAGGCACUGCAUCCCAGCGCCACCUUCUCUUACCCACCUGCCCGCCUUCAGCACCCUCUCUCCCGCACAGUCCAGCUUCUUUUUGUGCAGAACCCUGGGCAACCUCUGCUCUCUGCCCUUCACAAAUCCAGACACUUCUCAGGCCUGCGGCACCAGGGGUGGGCGUGUGGGGGGAGGUCAGACCGCCCUUGGGGGAGAACCACA